GUUGGUUCCCGUGUUUUUCUUUUGCUAACAACAACAAGGCGAGUUCGAGGCGCGAAUCCAUCUUUCGAUUCGUUUCAUCACAACCACUCGAGAAGUGGUUGGGUAGCGGAGGCAGGAGGAGGAGAAGGAGGAGGAGGAGGAGGAAGUGGCACGAUCAUCACGACCGGAGCCAGAUUGUUCCGGUUUCUGCUGUGGCGCGAUUGUGGCGCGAUGCACGACGAUGCUGGCUGGGGCGAUGAUUACGUGUUCGUGUGGCGUGUAUUUGUGUGUGUGUGUGUGUGUGUGUGUGCGGUAAGUGACGCCUAAAGGCCCAAAAACGAAGCGGAAGCAAUAGCACCGACCUCCUCCCGACUUCCACGUACUGAAGCAUUCCUUCUCGAUAGUGUUCGGUAGUUCGGUGCUUGUUUCCUGCUUCCGUGCUGGGGCUGCCUGCGUGCCUGCGGCACUAUUCGGCUCUGGCCAAGGCCAAGCGGACCGUCAGAACAUCGUGCGUGCGACACCGCAGACCGCUUACCGCACCCCAGACUGAUCGACACGGUUUGACCUCGCGACUUGACCCCGUGCGCAUCCGGCAUACCGGCUGAUAAGGCAUGGCAUCAAGGCCCGACCCUAGUCCUAGUCCCAGUCCCAGCGGUAUUCGGGGGCGAUCCGGCGAAAGUACCGCUAGUUCCGCUGUGUGACAUCGCGAAGGCGCGCGCGUCUCGACACACACACACACACACCCAGAGGGUUGGCCAAGCGUCUGUGACGUCUACGUCCGUUACGUGGAGCACCGUCGUGACGUCAGAACGCUUGUCGACGUUCCGGGAAAAUUCCGCCCGUGAUGCGUUUCCCGGUUAAUCAGCGGCCAGCGCGGCUGUUGCCACUGCUCCUGCUGCUAACCACUUCCGGCUGGAGUGCGCCACUAGCCACAGGUGACACCGGUGGUGGAUCGGUGGUUACGAUCGGGCGGUGCGCGGCGAACGGCGAGCGUCUGCUGCACGUCGAGAACCUGACGAUCGUGAAGAGCCCGACAACCACGCUCACGGGAACGCUGGAGAUCCACAUCGAUCCACGGUUUGCGGUGAGCUGUGUCCGGGCACUGCCCAAAACACCGUCCAGCCGGGCCGCACUGCGGGGCUACCGCUUUCCCCAUCCCAGCCGCAUCGAAAUCCACGUGCAGGAGCAACCGCUAUCAGCCCGCGACCAGCAGCCAAGCCCGAUGGACGAGUCCUCCCUGGAUUAUCAGCUGCUCGUCUAUGGUGUGCGCCGCCGGAUCCAGUCCGGUCCUGCAGAUGCCUAGCGGCCUAGUGGUGUGUGGUUAUCGAUACGAUCUGGUCCAGCACGUCACCCCCCCCUGGGGUUUCACGGGGUUUGAAGAGUUUUGAAGAAGAUGCAGUUUGGGUUGGAGAGGGUUGGGGGCAUGGCUUGCAGAGAACAACAACAAUAAACACGCUACAAAACCCUUAGCCUCACACAAUGUAGGCGGCUACUAGGCAGAGGCUAGGAGAGUUGCGAGUUGUCAUUGGCAUCCGAAAGCUGGAGGGCAUCAGUCCAAACUGAAGCGAUCUCAAUCUUCACGUGGCUUUACGUAAAUCACAUCAUCAUUUUUGUUCUUUGUUGACUUUUCAAACAUACGUAAAACGUGCUGGUACUAGCUGUAAGAUACUUAAAGCUUGGAACAGUUAAUAUUUGGUCUCCCCUUGUUUAAUCAUUGCAGCGCGCCUAGAAGCCUCACUUUGCCAUUCCGUGGACAGCGUUUUAAUCAUUGUAGUCUGUUUAUUUAGCGGUAAAAUUUUUGAAAGAAAAAAAAACACGUCUGCACACUCACACUGUAAAAAUUGGAUUUGGCUGGAGAAAAAACCCGCGAAAGUCUUGAAAUUUUCAAACUCUACUCAAAAUACUAUAUGUAAACUUUAGGGAGGGGACUUUUACCUUGAUUCAAGGAAAAU